GAGGCAGCACUUUAUCUACAAAGAAGUGAAACCUACAGAUGGAGGGGCCAAAAAUGAAACAGGAGAAAGGGAAGGCUGCGAAAACAGUCAGGUUUAGAGUAGCAUCUGCCAACAGUGGCCGGGUGCUGACUGAGGUGUUCAAGGAUGAAACGACCUGGUGCGGCUCAGUGUCUGUGGACUCAGUGGACUCUGACUGCACCAGCACACCAGAGGCAGAACAGGGGAGCUCACUUCCCACCAGCAAGGCCAACAGCCACCUGAACGGUCUGCCGGUGGAGACUGCUGUGGACGAGAGCGGCUCUGAACCCGAUGAGCUGCUUUUGUACGCCAGUGCCAAGAGAGAUAUGCGGUUCAGCAACAAACGCGUCAACAUCUGCAGCAAGAAUGGGACCAUACGAGGAGUGAGGAACAAAGUCAGCGCAGGCCAAGUGCUUUUCAACAAUCUCUCCAACAUGUACUCUACUUCCUUACGUCAUCAGAAAAGGAGACCAUGGGAGAAGGAGUGAAGGAAGAUUGGAAAUAGCAGUUUUUAUACAAGAAGGAAACACCUCUGCAGCUUCAGUGUGGACUUUGUAUGACCGUCUAUUAUUGCGACAAUGGCCCCAGUCCUUUGGUUCAGAGGAUUAAAAACAAUGAAGUUGUAAACAUUGCACAAGUGGUGUCUUGUAACCACAUAUUCAUGCAUGUAAACACAUGUCAAAUCUGUCAUAUGAACAAUUUCUAAAUGUGUAACACAUAAGAAUGGGUUUUGUAGAAGUAUUGUCCAUGCAUGCAUAUCAAUGACAGCAACCAUGUUGUGACUGGCAUCUAAGCAAACUAAACGAUUCCUCUGGGAACCAUUUCUGAAAUGAUUUUUGUAACUGUUUUUCAAGAAAAUGCAUAAUUAUGGCCCAUCAUUUCAGAUAGAUCUGUUUUCAUGACAAAUACAUCCAUGUUUUGUAUUCAUUUUUCAAAGAUAUUCACAACAGACUGCAUAUUCUUCACAUUAAUUCUCCUCCAUAAUUCCAUGUAUAAAAGUUAAACCUAUAAAGUGUCCUUUGGUAGAUUUGUAUGUCUGUCCUUUUGCUGCAUUUCAGUCGAAUUCGUUGUUUGGGUCGCUGGC